UGCGUCUGCGCAGACCCUGAAAAUCGGCCGGGGUGGCCCCGCGCCUUCCUUUUCCGGUGGCGGCGCCGCGCGGUGUGGACGUCUUGUCUCUUGUUGCUGCCAUGCCGUCUAAAGGGCCGCUGCAGUCCGUGCAGGUCUUCGGACGCAAGAAAACGGCCACGGCCGUGGCGCACUGCAAGCGGGGCAAUGGCCUCAUCAAGGUGAACGGGCGGCCCCUGGAAAUGAUCGAGCCGCGCACGCUGCAGUACAAGCUCCUGGAGCCUGUUCUACUGCUGGGCAAGGAGCGAUUUGCCGGUGUGGACAUCCGCGUCCGGGUGAAAGGGGGUGGUCAUGUGGCUCAGAUCUAUGCCAUCCGCCAGUCCAUCUCCAAAGCCUUGGUGGCCUAUUACCAGAAAUAUGUGGAUGAGGCCUCCAAGAAGGAGAUCAAAGACAUCCUCAUUCAAUACGACCGGACCCUGCUGGUAGCUGAUCCCAGGCGCUGCGAGUCCAAAAAGUUUGGAGGACCUGGAGCCCGUGCUCGCUACCAGAAAUCCUACCGAUAAGCUGGUCUCCCUGUUGGUUCAUCUUUCUAAUAAAGGGUUUUGGGACUUGC